AUGGAGUAUGCGGAGGUGCAAGGGUGGUGGAACUGCAAAGAGCAGAAGGCGAAUGGGACCAUCGAUGGGAUAUUGGUCGCGCCGACGGACAGGGCUCUUUCGUCUGGUAAAACUCAAAAGUUCAAAAACCAAACCAUAGAAUUAUCAUCACAAAUGUCACAAGAAAAAAAUAAGCAAUCAUCCACUUCGGAAUUAACUUCUGAAAUGGUCGAAAAAACUUCUCCCGUGACCGCGGUCGACACCUCCGAGCAAUCAGACAACGGCGUAAUAAUAGAUGAGCGUACGCGGGAAGAUAAUAAGAAUGGACCGGUAGUGCAAAUGUCAAAGACUCGAUUACUUUUCGUGUUCAUUGGUUUGGCCUUUGGUAUUUUCCUGGCGGCUUUGGAUAUGACCAUCGUGGCCACGGCUUUAUUGGGCAACAGAUAUAAACGUUCGAUUUUAUCGGAUUCGCGAAACGACAGGCCCGCCAUUGCCAUUGAAUUCAACGCUUUGAACGAUCUCGCCUGGAUUGGAACAUCGUAUUUGCUAACCGCGGGUUUUGUAGAGAGGGAAUACGUGGCUUCAGCUACUUCCCUGCUGACCUUUUUCAGAACUUUCGGAGCAGUAUUCGGUAUAGCAAUUCUGGGCACGAUAUUUAACAACGAAUUCUCGAAAAACAUAAACGCCGUUGCAAAUCUUCUACCGCCGGGUCUGGAUCCGGGAUCCAUAAGCGAAAAUAGUUCGGUGUUGGCAACGUUAUCCGAGUCCCAGAAAUUACCGAUCAUUCAUGCAUUCGUGAAGUCAUUGGAUGUAGCAUUCGAAUACGUCAUACCCAUGAGCGGAUUGUGUUUCCUAAGUGUGUUUGGCAUGAAAAUACUAAAACCAACACACGAUAAACGAGAGGAGACGUUGGAUCUUCAUGGAGUCGUCGCAUAA